GGUUACCCAAAGGCCUGUUUUAAACACUGUCACUGCUUUCUAACUCUAAGUGGCCAUUGUUGUCGAUAAGGACUCUGUCGCGAACUGGUCUAAAAAAAAAUAAAUAAAAAAAAUAAGGACUAACGGUGCGCCCUUGGCUUCAUUCACCUAGUGUGUGUGAGCCGGGGUUGGUCACAGAAAUAAAUUAGGCACAAUAUGGUGGAGCCGGUGGGAUUCACUGAGGCGUGGAAAGCGCAAUUCCCGGAGUCCGAGCCCCCCAAAAUGGAUCUGCGAUCUGUUGGAGGCAUCGAGCACGAGCUGGAGAAGUGCAAAGCGUCCAUCCGGCGCCUGGAGCAGGAGGUGAACAAGGAGCGCUUCCGCAUGAUCUACCUGCAGACCCUCCUGGCCAAAGAGAGGAAGAGCUACGACAAGCAGCGGUGGGGCUUCAGGAAGACGCCACUGAACGAGGGCAUGGACCCUGCGGCCACGCAAGGCGCGGAGUGCCAGUCCCAGCAGCCGCACAUGCAGGAGACUGGUGGAGUUGGAGUAGUAGGGGUAGUUGGCGGAGGGUACGGUGGUGGUGGUGGUGGUGGUGGUGGUGGGGAUAGGAGCCGUUAUCAGCCUCUUGGAGAUGGAGCCGGAAGGUCCAAACCCAGGCCUCCGCCAGCCAGGAAGUCAGCCUCCCACGGAGACGGCCUGGAGUCAGCCUUCGAGGUACCCCAGCAGGCCGAGUCCAUGUCUUGUGACAACCUAGACGGCCUCUCGCCGUCCAAGCAGAGAGGGGGCAUCUCCGUCUCCCCUCGCAGACUCAACCUUCCUCCCCCGGACAAGGAACUGGCGCUGCCCUCUGACCCCAAGGACAAGUUGGGGAUGGGACUCGGCGUGGCAGCUCUUCGAUCCAACUUUGAGAGGAUCAAACGGGCCAACUCUCAUUCUGCGGGCGAUGUAGCAAAGGGCCAGGAGAAGCAGCUGCCGCCGCCACCACCGCCCUUCUACUCUAACAUGGAAUUCCACCACGAGAGAGGUCUGAUCAGGGUCAACGACCGCGACGUCUCCGACAAGAUCAGCUCCCUGGGCAGCCAGGCCAUGCAGAUGGAGCGAAAGAGAUCUCUUCACUCCCUCCCGGGUAACCUGGCGACGGUGGCAGGGGAGCUGCGCGCCAGGCCUGUGUACAGAGGCCGGUCCACUGAGAGCACCUGUGGCUAUGAUGCAGAAUAUGAAGACGGGGAACCCAACCAGCGACAUCCAGGGAGGGCCAACGGUGGCAAACCUCCACCCCCUCCUUGGCAGCCCUCCGAGUUCCAGGCCUACUCCAGUGUUUACGUCGGCGGGGUGAUGAUGGGUGAAGGUGGCGGUGGAGACGGGAGAGGCGGCGGUGGAAGUGGCAGUGGAGUCACGAUGAGAGACCUCGGGGGAGGUGACGACCACCUCCUGACCUGGCCGCGCCGUUCCUACUCCCCAGGGAGCUUCGAGGAUGUCGGUGGAGGCGGCGGCGGCUACACGCCGGACUGCAGCUCCAACGAGAACCUGACGUCCAGCGAGGAGGACUUCUCCUCGGGUCAGUCCAGCCACGUCUCGCCCAGUCCCACCACGGCCUUCCGCCGGCCCUUUAGAGAGAAGAGCCGCUCGCCGUCCCAAAACUCCCAGAACUCCCAGCACUCCUUUGACAGCAGCAGCCCUCCGACGCCGCAGUCCCAGAAGCGUCACCACCGGCAGCAGGGAGGCCACGUGGUCAUGUCUGAAGCCACUAUUGUGAGCGUUCGCAAGACCGGUCAAAUCUGGCCACCUGCUGCCCAUCAUGACCUCGUGCCCCAUGGUAGAACAUCCCAUGACAACAGUUUCCAUGGAGACCACCUAGAUGGUCAUUUCACCGGGACCCCUCCCACGUACGGUUACGAUGCAGACCGUGCAGAGGAGCAGCGGAGGCACCACGACAUCCUGCCGUACAUCGAUGACUCGCCGUCAUCUUCACCGCACCUCAGCUCCAAGAGCCGCAGCAGUCGGGACACGCUCUCCUCUGGAUCCUUAGAGUCCUCCAAGUCGAAUGAAUGUGACCUGGAAAAAGGUUUGGAGAUGAGGAAGUGGGUCCUGUCUGGGAUCUUGGCCACCGAGGAAACAUACCUCAGUCACCUGGAGGCACUGCUGCUGCCUAUGAAGCCUCUGAAGGCCGCAGCUACAACGUCGCAGCCUGUGCUUACCGUGGCCCAGAUAGAAACAAUCUUCUUCAAAGUGCCUGAGCUCUAUGAGAUCCACAGGGAGUUCUAUGAUGGACUUUUGCCCCGCGUCCAUCAGUGGAGCCACCACCAGAGAGUCGGGGACCUCUUCCAGAAACUGGCCAGCCAGCUUGGAGUCUACCGAGCAUUUGUGGAUAACUACGAACUGGCUGUGGAGACGGCGGAGAAGUGUUGCCAGGCUAACACACAGUUUGCUGAAAUCUCCGAGAAUCUGAAGGUGAGGAGCCCCAAGGAUUCUAAGGACCAGACGGCCAAGAACUCUCUAGAAGCAUUGCUAUAUAAACCAGUGGACAGAGUGACUCGCAGCACAUUGGUACUUCAUGACUUGCUCAAACACACGCCCACCAGCCACCCGGACCACCCGCUUCUGCAGGACGCCUUGCGGAUCUCCCAGAACUUCCUCUCCAGCAUCAAUGAGGAGACGACGCCCCGACGGCAGUCUAUGACUGUUAAGAAGGGAGAGAGCCGUCAGCUUCUGAGGGACAGUUUCAUGGUGGAGUUGGUGGAGGGAGCCAGGAAGCUGCGGCAUGUCUUCCUUUUCACUGAUCUGCUGCUCUGCGCCAAACUGAAGAAACAGAUCGGAGGUAAAAACCAACAGUAUGACAGUAAGUGGUACAUCCCCCUGACUGAGCUGACCUUCCAGGGCCCCGAGGAGACGGAGCCACUUAGCAUCCCCCAGGUCCCCGAUGAAGAGCUCGAUGCCAUGAAGGUCAAGAUCUCACACCUCCGCAGCGAGAUUCAGAGAGAGAAGAGAGCCAACAAGGGUUCAAAAGUCAUCGACCGUCUCAGGAAGAAGCUGUCUGAACAGGAGUCUCUGCUCCUGUUAACAUCUCCGAGCAUGCCCAUCAGAGUCUACAACAAGAACGGCAAGAGUUAUAGUUUCCUGAUUUCGUCGGACUAUGAACGCGCAGAGUGGAGGGAGUUGAUGAAGGAACAGCAGAAGAAAUGUUUGAAAACUUCCUCCUUGACUUCCAUGGAGCUGCAAAUGUUGACCAACUCCUGUGUCAAACUGCAGACUGUCCACCACAUUCCACUUAGCAUUAACAAAGAAGAGGAUGAAUCCCCCGGUCUCCACGGGUUCCUGAAUGUAAUUGUCCACUCUGCCUCCGGCCUCAAACAGAGCUUGAAUCUCUACUGCACAUUGGAGGUGGAUUCCUUUGGCUUCUUUUCAAAUAAAGCCAAGACGAGAGUGUAUCGAUACACUACUGAACCCAAAUGGAACGAGGAGUUUGAGAUUGAGCUGGAGGGCUCUCAGACCCUGAGGCUGCUCUGCUACGAGAAGUGUUACAACAAGACCAAGCAGAACAAAGAGGAUGGAGAGAGCACAGACCGCAUCAUGGGGAAAGGACAGAUCCCGCUUGACCCUCCGACUCUCCAAGGCAAAGACUGGCAGAGAACAGUUAUUCCCAUGAAUGGGAUCGAGGUUAAACUCUCCAUGAAGUUCACCAGCCGAGAGUUCAGCCUGAAGAGGAUGCCCUCACGGAAACCCAUGGGUGUGUUUGGAGUCAAGAUCUCCACAGUGACCAAACGAGAGCGCUCCAAGGUGCCCUACAUUGUCCGUCAGUGCCUAGAGGAGAUUGAAAGGAGGGGUAUGGAGGAGGUGGGCAUCUACCGAGUAUCAGGAGUGGCCACUGACAUCCAGGCGUUGAAGACCGCCUUUGACACCAAUCAUAAAGAUGUGUCAGUGAUGAUGAGUGAGAUGGACGUCAAUGCCAUUGCUGGGACCUUGAAGCUGUACUUCAGAGAGCUGCCAGAACCACUCUUCACUGAUGAGCUCUACCCCAAUUUUGCAGGCGGCAUCACCCUGUCUGAUAGUGUUGCCAAAGAGAGCUGUAUGUUGAACUUACUGCUGUCGCUGCCAGAACCCAACUUGGUCACAUUCCUUUUCCUUUUGGAUCACCUGAAGAGGGUGGCAGAGAAGGAAAGCGUCAACAAGAUGUCUCUCCACAACCUGGCAACAGUGUUUGGUCCGACCUUGCUGAGGCCUUCCGAGAAGGACAGCAAGAUCCCCGCUAACCCCACCCAACCCAUCAGUAUGGGGGACAGCUGGUCGCUGGAAGUCAUGGCGCAGGUCCAGGUGUUGCUGUAUUUCCUCCAGCUGGAGACGAUCCCCACCCCAGACAGUAAACGACAGAGCAUCCUCUUCUCCACUGAAGUAUAGAGCUAACAUUGACUCUGCCGACCUGACGAUUUGACCAUGAAGGAGUGAAAAAGAUACGGAUCGUGGCUCAAAGUGAGCCUAUAGUAGUAUGUUUUUGAAUUGACUGACCAGAUUCCGUUAGGCUCUCAGCUGGAAAGGAUCGUAUGUGGCGAUGCCUGCCCCCCUCAAACACAAGAGGGCGCCAUUGAGCCUCUGAAGCUCAGAGGACGCGAGGUCCUUGCCGUUUAUAUCUGUCAUUACCUGAUGUUUAAUAUGAUUUCUUCUACCUUUAGUGAUGAUGUGGGUACGUCUACCAUCUAAAUUUCUUCACCAUGCUCUUUGUUGGUCUUAACAUUGAACCUUUACAGCGUGUAGACCGUUGUGGUUCAUAAACAACAUCAAGAAGUUGUCAAAAUCAAUCCAUAAAUAAAAUCCCAAAUAUGUUUAUUCAUCUCAAACAUUGCAUCAUGUCCUGCUGAGGAAAAUUCUAACCGUGUCUUACAUAAACUCAGCGCAUUGUUUCUGAGAAAGACAAGAGGAGACAUUGGUGCUGUUUGUGGGAAAUCCAGAGCUGCCAUGAUACUGGCUUUUCUUCUUUGUGUCAGGAAGCACCUGUUACGUUAAAGUGUUUACAACGUAAACAAACCCCAUUGGAGUCAAAGACAAAGCUCUAAUAGGGACUGUAAGAGACACAAAAGGAACCCGUUGAUUAGUAAUACACUGCAAUCUGACUGCCUGCGUUUUUUUCGCGAUCAUAAAAGCAAAUUUCUUCUAUUUGUGUUGUUUGUGUCUCAAGUCUUCACCUCGAAAAUAUCCAGGAAGCAAUAUAUUUUCUAACAUAGGAAUUGUGAAGUCUGUGUUCAUAUCUUUGCGGACAAAAUGUCCUUAUUGUAACAUAGGACAUCUUGCCAAAUUUUGUUUCAUUUGUUUGUAUCUAGGAGAAAAGGAAACAGUUGUAAUUACAGAUACAGCAUGUACAUAAUCUUAAAGUUGUAUUUUUUCUUUCUUUUUGUUUAACAGUAUAAUCAUUGUUGCUAUUAUCGUAAUUUAUUUUGGGGGCCUGGGAGGGAGAAAUCAUUUAGUUUUUCUAAGUCAACUUUUUUUUCUGUUUGAUUAAGAAAGUGGUAGGUCUUAGCCUUGACUUCAAGUCUUGCAGUAAAUAAGCAGGAUUUAGCCUUGUUCGUAUAGAAACUACUCAGCUGUUCUGUCCAGCCUAUCGAUUAUUCAUUUAGAUAUUAUUAUCAAGGUAACACACACAUUGUAGUUUCAUACUGUAUGCUGCUGUGGAAAAAGGCACAAGCUCUUUAACUGCUGGGUGUUCCUCGGCAAAAACGUCUCAAAUCCUGAGACCGUCGCCUGUCUAGUGUAGACAUUAUGCAAUGUCAUAAUAGAGCACACACACUCCCACACAUAUGACAUUGUUUCUUUUUGUACCAUUUAAUCUGUGGCUGCAGAUGUGCACUCCUGCAAUGUUAGAACUACUGUAUUACAAUGCAAGUGACCUGAGCACUCAACAUUUAUGUCCAUUGAAGAGCAUAUCUGUUGUUUUUAAUGAAGGAAUAUUGUUUUUUCUCAUCUUCUGACAUCUUUUUUAUUUAUCUCAUGCAUAUGGCGAAAUGUCCUACUAAUUCGUUGUCCUUUUAACUGUUCUUCAUCCCGUUGAGCCUGAAGGUGUUCAACUAAAUGGCCAAUUUAAAAGAAAUUUCUUAAGAUAAUUUGUUGAUUCUAAAAUUGCAUAUUUCUCAUUUUAAUUUCUGUGUCCUUGAUUUAACAUGCAGGCAUGUUUUAUGGAUUUAAAAAAAAAUGUUGGUCUAUGGUUAUUGCUGUCUUGUUCACAAAUGUGUCAUCAUAGAUUUUGGGAUGUUGGUAACUAACUUGUGAUUAUCUGGUUUACAUUAUUACAGCAUGUCCUUUUCUGGCAAAUUAAAAUUUGUAUGAACCUAUCGUUUAAGGGUAAAUUUCAUGGUUGGUUUCCCAUAUAUAUCUUCAGUAUAAAACUAUAGCUAACUGACCAGUUUAGUGAAUCUGAUAAGGGCUUGUGUGUGGCUGUGUCCAUGUUUAAGAUAACAUAGGUGAGGGCACAUAACACAUUUUAAGUUCUUAACAUAAUUGUCUUUAGACUUUCAAAAGCAAGAGGAGGCUUUCCUUUUGGAUACAUAUCAGCUCUCUAAAUGUUAACACUCAUAUGCACAUGACAAUAUGAACUUAAACACCAUUAUUGUAUCAACCCCAUAAAUAACAAUGUUGAGAUUUUAUUCUGAAACUCUUCAUGCCGUCAGUUCCACUUUUAUGUACCUCCACUAAGUUUGCCCUACUGUAGCAUGCACGCAUUGUUUCUCUGUUAGUAUAUAUAGUCUAUAUGUUAGUAUGUGAGACAGAAAAUGAAUCCACCAUUCGUCCGUCAUUUUUAUAAUAAGUCCCGAUUGCCUACACUCUUCUACCCUAUCGUGCCUCGACACUUUUUGUUUAGCGCGAUAUUCUGAAACAGUGUUAAGUCUCCUGUUGCCUUUGCUGAAGACAGCCACACUCCUUUCAUCUCUUAAAGACUAAGACAGGACCUUAACCUUAAGCAUGGUCUUAGCUCAUACUGUACAUGCCCGUUCUACUUGCCCCCUUCAUCUGACUGUGUGACUGGAAUUCAAACUGUGUUAGCGUCAGUCUUAAUGGGACAAAGGACAGAAUUUCUUGCCCACCAUGUCCUUGUUUUGGCUCUUAAAGUUUCUACUCCUUUAAUGCCUUUUAUUCUUAUUUAUUUAUGCUUUGUCCCUGUUUGGUAUAAGAAGGUCCACUGGAUCUAUUUAUUUAUGAUACAAUAUUAUCUAAAGCAAAAUUAAUGUUAGAAAAAUGGUCUUUAUAUGGUGUGCUUUCUUUGGGAUAAUAUAAGUCUUAUGUUGCAGUCUGUUUAUCAAAAAUCCUGUUAAAGAUACAACCGUUUGUCACUAUUUUGUCCCAGAAUCACAACCACUGUGUACAACCGCAAACACCGGUUUGAACCCCCCCCGCCUCCUGCAUUAUCAGCUCAUCUCUGUAAGUAAGAUGUGGUGUACACCAGACUGGCCACUGUGAUUGUUUAGCUAUCUGCUUCAGAUAACUGAAUAGCAGAUGCAGGAUCUUGUCCAUUUCAAUGGUAGAUCCUGUGAGUUGACGCAACUCAAUCUUCUCUUACGUUUCCAUGGAGUUGUAUGAUAUGUAUUAUACUAGAGAGUACAUUAUUUGGUUUCCGUUUUAUUUAUUGUGGCGUCCGCUGACGUAUGAUCGUUAAGGGUUGAGCCGGUACGCCUCUAGUCUCUUUAAAAAGCCAAGCUGUCAGUAUGUGGUAGAGGAGUCUUUAUAUUGCUCUGAAAACUGCAUUGUUUUUGGUCUGUUGAUUGUCAGUGUAACUGCAUGUACCCUCCAUAACCUCAGUCCCUCUGUACAUGAUAAAGUAAAUACAAUAAUUAAUUGUUCUGUGGAAUAGCGUGAAGAUAUGGAACAUAUUGCUCUAUAUGAAAGUUACAAAUUUCCAUUUAUUGUACAUGACUCUGGUAAUUAUCACAUUUCCAUGCUAUAGUUAAGACUUUCAAAUGAACCUCUGCUGCCACUUCUACGACAUCAAACAGACUUUAAAUUAGACAUCGUCAACCUUUGGAAAUAUCUUAGUUUGGUUUUAUUCGACACAAUGUAAAGCUGAGGAGGAUACUUCCAACCACAACACACUUUCUCUUUUUAACUUCCUCCAUUUUUUGAACUCUUGUUCCUAUUCAAUAUUCAAUGUUCUGCUUGUAGAACUGUAAAAAAUGAAUACUGUAUUCUGAGGGCAAACAUGUUUGGAAGGCAUUUGCAGCCUAUGUUUGUACACAAAAAUGUUAAAUAAACUCUCCUUGUAUCUACACAGAA